AUGAAACAUCUUGACAGUGCAAGGGCACGAUUAAGUAAAAGUCGCAUUUCCCACUCAUUUAGAUUGUGGUAAGAUCAAAAUGACAGAGAAGUCUAAAGAGGCGGAUAAAGGCGUUACAGACAUCGAAGACAAAACCUUCUGGAGCAAAUUAAAUAUCAAAGAGAAAUGCGCAUACAUUUCGUCACAUAUCACGGUAGAGCCGAUGGUGGCGUGUUAUAUUAUGCCCUGCGUAUUGGCGACGCUUGCAACACAGAAUCUCAACUUGGAAAAGGCAUGUAGGGUAAAUUUGGGGUAUUCCAACGAGGUGUGCGACGCUCUUACCGCAAGAAACACAGUUAAUUACACCAAAGAGGAGGCAGAGGUUCAACAGCUCGUUGCGUCGAUGACUAUUUGGAAAACUAUAGUGCAAAGUGCCCUACCUGCGUUUCUAAUAUUGUUUAUUGGAGCUUGGAGCGAUCGGCAUGGUAUGCGUAAGCCUUGCAUGUUAUUUCCAAUUAUAGGAGAAUUGUGCACAGUGGUUGGUUUAAUGGUGUGCACUUAUUUUUUUUACGAACUGCCCAUGGAGGUAUGCGGGAUUGUAGAGUCCCUGUUUCCGGCACUUACCGGGGGAUGGUUCACAAUGUUUAUGGGCGUCUUCAGCUAUAUCGCCGAUGUUACAACGGUUGAGAUGAGAACGUUACGAAUUGGAUUUGUCAAUAUAUUUUGUUCGAUCGGAAUUCCAAUAGGGAUGGCUUUAAGUGGAAUAUUGUACAGAAAAAUAGGAUUUUACGGCGUGUUCUCUAUUUCCGCCGUUUUAUACUUGAUCGCAUUUUUGUAUGGAUUUUUUAAAAUACACGAAGCAAAAAGAGUGAGUGAAAAAACUGCAUCUAAAACAAUGUGCUCGUUUGUGACCGACUUUUUCGAUUAUAAACAUAUUGCAAACACUUUCACCGUUGCAUUUAAAAAAGGAGAGAAUAAUAGAAGAAUGAAGAUCAUGAUGCUCAUGCUCGUUGUCAUGGUUGUAAUUGGACCUAUGCACGGUGAAAUGGUUGUCGUCUACUUGUUCACAAGGUAUCGAUUCAACUGGGACGAAGUGAAUUUUAGCAUUUUUUCUACCUACAACAUGAUAAUAGGAAUGAUAGGCACUGCACUAUCCGUUGGUCUCUUCAGCCAUCUACUAAAAAUCGAUGAUGCCAUAAUCGGUUUGAUGUCGAGUGCUAGUAAAAUAUUAUCUAGUUUUGUUUACACAUUUGCAACUGUUGCCUGGGUGUUUUAUUUAGGACCGAUUGCAGAAAUAUUAAAUGGAACAUCAUUUAUUGCCAUGAGGUCGAUGGCAUCAAAAUUAGUUCCAUCAGAUGAAUUAGGUAAAAUUAAUUCGCUAAUCGGUGUCUCCGAAGCUCUUAUGCCUUUAGUCUAUGGACCAUUGUAUAGUGCUACAUAUGCGGCUACGAUGCGUACAAUGCCUGGUGCUUUCUUCCUGCUAGGAGGUUGUCUAACGUUUCCGGCGUGCAUUAUAUUUGGGUGGAUGUAUUUGCAGCAUAGAAAAGAAGCCCGCAGGAAUUCUUCUAGAAAAUCAUCCGUUUAUAAGGAUACCCACCCUGGCUUAGCAAUAACAAAAGGCCAGUGUAAAGCCACGACCAACGGAACAUCAUUGGGGGUUGAUAAUGUCGCUUUUGAAAGCGAAGUACACAAAUUUUGAUUAGUGUAUUGGAUAAUGAUAUCCUAGAAAGUGUGAUACUUUUUGGUAUAAUGGAAAUUAUACUUUAAAUUAAUUGUUAAGUACCCUAUAGUAAGUGCAAAAAUCGCAGUUAUUUAUUUUGUUCUUGGCAGUGUAAAUUUACAACAAACAUCAAAAGAGAUAUAUGGUGGUUACAAUAUGUCAAUUCACCCGGCCCUUAAACCUUUGAAUAUAAAAUAAUUUAUAUUCAAAGUUUAAACAUAGUGUAAAGUAAACCAACCUCAUUUUUAUUUUGAGAAUACGGCAAACUAAAAUUUGUGUUAUGGUGACCACUGAUUAUCACUUUGUGUUGUGUUGUGAAGGUUUCGUCAAUGUAAUUAAAAUAUUGUGAUAUACCUCAAACCCGAUUCAGAAACACUAAAUUGUAGGUAAGUAGGUAAAUAUCUAUUUAAUAAACUAAAAACCUUGUUAAGCAUUUUAAAGACUGCAGCUAUAAUAGUAUGCUGAUCAUACUAGCACACCAUGAAAGCAACGUAGUGAACAGUGAACAUACUUUAGUUAUGGAACAGUUUAAUUGAAACAAAUCACGAAACCCUCCCCUCAUAUUUGAUUUAAAUCAAAAUUGACUAAAUUUAACCUCAAUUCAACUUCAUCAGUCCACUUGUACACUGUAAGUUUUAGAUCUGUGCCGUAGGUUUAGAUAUAAAAACAUUCAAAAGAAUGAAAAUACAUAUGGGCACUAAUAAACCGUUACACAAACACACAACAAAAGGACUGUAGGUAUCUUUGAAUUAACGGUCAAAGUGACGGUUUUGUAAUUCCAUAGGAAAAAAUUUUGAUAUUCUUGCGUAUGGCCUUUUAACCUCAGAUUGAAUUCCUUAUUUAUUGUGGUUUAGUUAUUGUAAUUUAGAUUGAUUUUAUAAAUCAGUUUUCGUAUAUUAAGAAAAUAAAUGCAAUAUUAUUAC